GCAGUAAGUGUGGGAUUCAGAACAGCCGUUCGUCAUCUCCAGUGUGGGUCUGUAGGAUCUGCAGUGAACAUCAAGAGAUGUUGAAGCGUUCUGGAGCAUGGUUCUUUAAGGGCCAAGCCCAGCAAGUCCUCCCUGCUCCCCUGCCCAUCUCCAGGCCCAGAGGGACAGGUACAGAGAGCCCCCGUACCCAGACCCCUACCCAUGCCCAUCACCAGCCCAGUGCCCAGUCCAGCUACCAGCCAAACCCUGGUGCAGAGGACUACACAGAGCGGCAGGAGCAGCAGGAUAACUACUACUCCAACAUACAAAACCAAGAGCCCACUGAUGAGCGCCCGUACUCCAGUUCAGAGCAACAGGACCCAGAGGGCAAUAGCUCUGCUCAGACACUAGAGGGUGUUGCUGAGGCCCAGGUUAGCCCUGCCGUGGUGGAGGAGGUGGUGAAGAUGGAAAGACAGUUAGGCUCCAGACCUCCCACAGCCAGAGGAAGAGAGAACCCACCAGCUCCAGCUGACACAGUCACAGCACAGGCCCCUGCACCACAGAAGAGCAGAUACCCACAGCAGAGAGAGGAGAGAGCGCCACCUCUAGUCAGGGAGGAGAAACCCACUCCUGCCCCCAAACCCAGCAUGGCACCACGCACAGGCCCCGCUCCCAACGAAGACAAUGACAACGAAUACGACUCUGAUGAAUCCACCACGCUGGGGUUGCUGGAGUUCAUUCUGCAUUAUGAACAGGGGAACAACACGCUGCACUGCAACAUAGUCAAAGCCAAGGGUUUAAAGCCGAUGGACUCUAACGGACUAGCAGACCCCUACGUCAAGCUGCACCUCUUACCUGGAGCCAGUAAGUCUAACAAGCUGCGUACUAAGACCCUGAAGGGCACUCUGAACCCAGUGUGGAAUGAGACUCUGGUGUACCAUGGUAUCACUGAUGACGACAUGCAGCGCAAAACACUACGGCUGUCGGUGAGUGAUAUGGACAAGUUUGGACACAAUGAGUUCAUAGGAGAGACGCGUGUUGCUCUGAAGAAACUCAAAGCCAACCAGAUGAAGAACUACAGCGUCUGUCUAGAGAGGGUGGUCCAGGUAGGAACUACAACAGAGGAUGAAGCAGAGGAGAGGGGUCGUAUCCUGGUCUCUCUAACCUACAGUACCCAGCAGGGUCGUCUCAUAGUGGGAGUGGUGCGAUGUGCUCACCUGGCAGCUAUGGACUCUAAUGGAUACUCAGACCCCUUCGUCAAGAUCUGCCUGAAACCAGACAUGGGGAAGAAAGCCAAGAACAAGACCCAGAUCAAGAAGAAGACCCUCAACCCAGAGUUCAAUGAGGAGUUCAGCUAUGAGAUCAAACAUGGUGAGCUGGCCAAGAAGAGCCUGGACAUCUCCGUCUGGGACUAUGACAUGGGAACCUCCAACGAUUUCAUUGGAGGAUGCCAGCUGGGCAUCACAGCCAAGGGGGAGUGUCUGAAGCACUGGUACGAAUGUCUCAAGAACAAAGACAAGAAGAUUGAGCGCUGGCACGUCCUCCUAAAUGACAACGCCGUCAAAGACACGGACGACUGAGAGACGUCCUCCUCCUCCUCCUCCCUUGUCUUCCUCUUCCUCCCAUUUCCUCUUCCUCCUCCUCCCUCCUAAAUAGCGGUUUCUAAUUUCCUCUUAAAUAUAAUAUUUUGUCUUCCAAUCAUCCAAUUGUUUUCAAAUGUAUUUAAAUUGUAAAGUAUUUUUGUCUAAUGUUUUUUCGUGAUGUGUCGGAACCCAGGAAGACAAGCUGUCUCAAUUGGCGUCGGCAAAUGGGAUCCUAAUAAAAUCCCAAAUCAUAAUCUAGGUCUUCCUACUUUCAGUAAUGUGAACCUGAAUUAGCAGCAAAUGAAGGCUCUCACACUUUUUACAACUUCAUUCUUCUUGUGCAGACAGAAUGCUUAUUGGAUUCAUGUACUUAUCAACACAGUGUUUACAGUGAAACAAAAAGAAACUGCAGCAGAAUAUCUCCCGUAUUUCAAGCAUGCUUUACUGCUUCUGGGGGAAAGUGAUCUCUUUCACUUAUCUCUAAAGCCUGGAAACCUGGAUUUCAAUAAACAGGGUGCUAAAGUAUAUUGUUAAACAAUGCGUCGUCACACCAUCCUUACCUAUCUCAGUCUCAACGCAAGGAAUUCCCCUCCUCUCUUACCAUAGACAUGAUAUAGAUUACAUCAUAUAGAUUGCAUCAUUGUCUCUGACCCCCACCCUGGAUUUUGCUGUACAGUGUUAUGAUGUGGUCAUAAUCUGUGUUCUAUACUUCAAUACUGUGAUGUUAUGACACAGUCAUACAGAUGUAGGAUCUUAAUUGUAUCACUCUUUUGUUGCUGAGAAUUUUCCUGCUAUGCAGUAGUGUAUUUGAGUUUUAAAAAGGCUUCUAAAGUUUCUAAUUUCCACUUUGAAAUUUCAGACUUGAUUUGCUCUCAUGGAAAAUGUAUAAAUCUCUUCAAAAUGUCCAUUAAUUAUAAUCCACAUAAUAAUUCACAUUUCCUGUUGCUGCAGGAUUAUUUUCCUGCUGUAGCAAAUUGACUCAAAUUAAAUUCCUACAUCUGUAAUCUGUCUUGUAUACUUCUAUACUGUGACUGCUUGGGACUAGUGUUUGUGCUGCCAAAGCAUAUGAUCUUCACUUGUGCUACUGUAUGUACAACCAGUUUGUUAAAAGGAGCAUGUGUUGGAUGUUAUGGAACAUAUGUUGAUGUUAUUUAUGAAUGAAGAUAUUUACAUAGUAUUAGCUGUUUAGGUUCAAUACAUGUCAUGCUAUUGAAGCAUUAGCUCCUCUAAGAACCAUGGGAUAUCUUAGAAACCUGGAAUGCACUGACUUAGAUGUUGCUCUCUUUUUUCGCUCCCUCUCUCUCACUUUCUUUCUCUCUCACACUUUCUCUCUCUCUCUCGCUCCCUCUCUCUCUCACACUCGCUCUCACUCAUAGAACAAAGCGUUACUCCAAGCCUGAUUAAAUAAUGAUCAGACAAUGCUGUAGACAUGGGCAUAUUGCACUGCACUGCAUCUUCCUGUGACAGUUGACAAAUGCGUACAAAAUACAUGCUGAGCGUGAGCCCUGUCUAGAUCAUAUGACGUGCAUUGACCUGUAGUAGGUUUGAUUGCUAGAAAUUCUCAAAUGUGAAAUGAUCUGUGAUAGCUUAUGUUAAACGAUAAUGCAAUGCAAAGUAAAAUUAAAUAUUAAACUUUAAGAUGUGUUGAUAUUUACUUUGAAUAAGAAUUGUAUUUUCAACUGUAGUAUAAAGUUGUGGAUGUUUUGUAGAUACAUAUGUACAUAUUAUGUAUUUACCUUCUUGCCUACUAUGUUAUCAUAGUCUUGGGAGAA